UUGAAAUCAACCAAACCCAAAACUCCGUUGUGUCUUCUCUACCAUCUCUUUCUCCCUUUUUCAGGCAAGUCAGGGUUGUCAUAAAGCAGACUCACAUCAGACCCUUCUUCCCUGUCCUCAGUUAGUUUUUAUUGUUGAGUUACAGAAGCAACAAAAACACCAAGUUAUAUAACAAUGGCGGAUUCUCCUCAAUCCAAUCCAACAAGGCACCAAUUGCACACAAGGUUAAUAGCCGAGUCGAUGACAAUUGUCUCUCCUCGGCCCUCAGUUGCGCAUAUCACAGAUUCCACAGCGGCCAUGAGCAAUACAAGCCCACCUUCAACAAGGCACUCAUCGCCCACAAAAAUAGACCCCAGCAACUUUUCUCUGCUUUCGAUCUUGGUCAGCAAAAGAAAAUCCAUGGCCUUUACUUAUGCAUUCACAUUCGCCUUCAUUGCCUGCACUUUCUUCUUGGUUUUCAACCCUCUUCCUCUGCGCUUCAAGAGCAUCCUGCAUGCCUCCUUCUACUCUUCUCCUCAGAACCCAAAUGCCCAUUUGGAGCUUUCCCGGAAAGUUGACCCUUUUGCCCUGAAACCUGAUUCUUCACCACAUUUGGAUGAGAUUGCAAGUUUGAAGGUUGGUGAGGUGAAAAAUGAAAGCUUGAAGGGAAAUAAUAAUGAGGAUGCUCAAUCAUCCAACCCAAUUCUUUCCUUGUUCUCGGAAUCCACCAAUCAGACUUCCAGCAACACCGAAAUCGAAUUUUCCGGGAAAGUGGAGGGCUCCAAGAAAAGAAAGGACACAAAGAAGCCUAAAGAUUCUAAAGUGCGUUCUCAUUCUUCUUCUAAAGACUCCAAUGGAAAACAUGGUUCGAAAAAGAAAAGUGAUGGCAAAAAGGCCACGUCUAAGAAGCAAGGCAAACAAACUGAAUUGAAGUCUGAGUUGAUGAAUGCUUGUGACAUAUUUGAUGGAAGUUGGGUGAGAGAUAAUUGGUACCCACUUUAUGCUCCGGGGUCUUGCCCUCUUAUAGAUGAGCCUUUCAAUUGUUUUCUUAACGGUAGGCCUGAUAAUGGUUACGAGAGGUAUAGAUGGCAACCCAAACAUUGCAAUAUCCCAAGGUUGAAUGGUAAGAAGAUGUUGAGACUAUUGACAGGAAAGCGUCUAGUUUUUGUUGGUGAUUCUCUCAAUAGGAAUAUGUGGGAGUCUUUGCUUUGUAUUCUUAGAAAUUCAGUGGAUAAUAAGAGCAAAGUUUAUGAAGUCUCUGGUAGGGAAGAAUUUCGUACAGAGGGUUCUUACUCUUUUAUAUUCGAGGAUUAUAAUUGUUCAGUGGAGUUCUUUCAAUCGCGAUUUCUAGUUCAAGAAUGGGAGAUGCCAGAACCAAGUGGAUCGAAAAAGGAAACACUUCGCAUUGAUUUGAUUGAGAGAUCCUCUGAUAACUACAAAAAUGCAGAUGUUCUCAUCUUUAACACAGGUCACUGGUGGACUCAUGAGAAAACUUCCAGUGGGAAGGGUUACUAUCAAGAGGGUAGCCAUGUAUAUGGUGAAUUGAAUGUCGACGACGCAUUUGAGAAAGCUUUAACGACAUGGGCAAGAUGGGUGGACACCAAUGUAAAUCCUAACAAAACUGCUGUUUUCUUCCGGGGCUAUUCACCUUCUCACUUUAGAGGUGGAGAAUGGAAUUCUGGAGGGCAUUGUCACGGUGAGACAAAGCCAACUACAAAAAUGGAAUCCACAGAAUAUGGAGGUGAAUAUCCAUCGAACAUGAAAAUCUUGGACUCAGUAGUCAAGAAAAUGAAGACGCCAAUCUUCUAUCUGAACAUUACAACAAUGACUGAUUUCCGGAAGGAUGCUCAUCCAUCUAUUUACAGAAAGCCAAAUUUAACCGAGGAGGAGAGAAAACCACCUAUGAUCCAGGAUUGCAGUCACUGGUGCCUCCCUGGUGUUCCUGAUACAUGGAACGAGCUUAUAUAUGCUCAACUCCUUAGACGUAACCAGAAGCAAUAUAAACAGAAGAAACAACAAAAUCAGAGGACACCAUUUUAGAUAUGGAGAAAAUAAAAUUAAGUAGUAUACGUUUUUUUUUUGGAAAGAUCAUCACAUGGAGAAAAUCCAACAAGUAUUCUCGAUCUUAUAGAUAGUAAAGAAGGAUAAGAACAAAAGUUGUAGUUGGGCAAGGGGUGGGAUAAUGUGCUCUAGUGCAAAGUUGUGUUUGCACAUGUGGGAAAGAGGUGAAGGCUGGAGAUGGAUAGGGUAAGAGGAAGGAAUGGCGAGGGAAACAUGAUUUGAUGCUUCGGUUGCCACUGAAAUAAUGACAGUAUUGGCCCUUACAGACGUCUCUGGCGGAGAUGGACAAAUGGUGAUUGGAAACAGAAAGUGUUGAUGAUCCUGGUGCAAGAGGUGCAUUAAUGAUGCUAAUUAAUGAAGGAUGCUAUCAACCCUCUAAGGCAAACUCUUGAAGGGACUCAAGUUCUUGUUCAUGCUGCUGGUUCUUUUGCAAACAUUGUGCACUGAAACUGGUUGGUUCAGGUGGGUUGGUGGUCACAGAAGCUGGUUUUGAUACUGAGAAGUUCAUGAAUAUAAAAUGCUGGUAUAGUGGUUCAACACCACAUUGUGCAGUUGUAGUUGCAACUAUAAGGGGCUUGAAAAUGCAGGGUGGUGGGCUGGAAAUUGUUGCUGGGAAGCCGCGUAGUAAUGCCUGCAUAACUGAGAAUGUGGCUCUGGUUGAGGCCGGUUAUGUGAAUUUUGGCCAGGCAUAUAUAUCAAACACAAAAGUCUAUGGUGCUGGGGCAUAUGAUGCAGUUAUUUGUAUCCAUCAUGCCGAUGAUGGAAGAGCAGCGGUUAGUCACUUCCUCCCAUUAGUCUUAUAACUGACAAAAGGAAUUGCGCAUCAAUCUCUCCUGACUAGGCGUUGCUUCUUGACAUUGAUAUUGACACCACUACCGGAAAGGUUAUCGGUCUUUCUUGAGAAUGUAUUUGGCUCUUCAUAUGCUCACUGAGGCCAAUCUUUUCCAAAUUUUAUCAAACGAAAGCGUGCCAUCUCUUCCCCUUACCAUUACAGUUCAUCAAACUUGUUAUUGUGCUCUUUGAUUGUUAUGUCAGUCUCUGUAUUUUUAUGUCAUUUUUCUGUUACAAUAACGAUUUCACAAAUAAAAGAAGAAAUGUACAAAUCAUUUUUAUGUC